UAUUUCAAUGUAUUGACGGUUAAUCCUGCUUGUUUGAUUUAACCUGUUCUUUCCUUGUAUUUGUGUAUUCAACCUGGCAGUUUUCAACCUUUCGACCCAACGUUCUCACACUUUUGUACAAUUCGAAAAGAAAAUCCCUGGGGCUUUUUUUCUUUCUUUCAUUGUGGUGUUAUUUUUUUAUAGCGGGAUUUGAAAAAUUGUAAUUUGAAUUCAACGGCCUCUUCUUUAUAUAAAGAAAAUUCUGACUGAGGGAACACCAAAUUAAUUAGGAUAAAUGGUCAAGUCGAAUUUCUUCGAGCUGGAACAGAUCAUAGAAAUGUCUUCGGAGACACAUUCUUUUCCAUGAACGAUUUGAGGGCAUUUUAGGUUAUUAUGAAUGGCGAUGCAGUUCCAAGUUAUCCGAAGGUUGAAUAUUUGUACAGUCAUGAAGAAUGGAAGUACAGCAUGCGAAGGACGAUGCAAGAAAUUGUACCUGGUCUGUUCCUUGGACCGUACUCAUCCGCCAUGCGUUCGAAGCUCGAGGAGCUCAAAUCGUCCGGAAUAAAGGGAAUAGUCUGUGUCAGGCACUCGCUCGAGGCGCAGUUCAUCAGGCCCAACUUUCUCGACCAUUUUAGGUAUUUAAUCCUGGAUAUUGCAGACUCGACGUCCGAGAAUAUCAUCCAGCACUUUGUCACUGUUAGGGAUUUCAUCAAUGAAAUCCUUGAGUCAGGUGGUAAAGUUCUUGUACAUGGAAAUGCCGGUAUAUCAAGAAGUGCCGCUCUAGUUCUAGCCUACGUCAUGGAAAAAUACGGUUUAGAAUUUAAGAAAGCUUAUGAUCUCGUUCAGCAGAGACGCUUCUGCAUUAAUCCAAAUGUGGGCUUCAUGUUCCAGCUAGAGGAAUAUGAGCCGAUUUACAAAGCGCGCCUGCUCCAGUGCUCUCAAUCACCAUCUAAAAUCAUAAACAAACGUACCUGCGAUGAAAUAGAGGAAGACUAAAGCAAUAAUCAAGAUUGAUUAUAUUAAAAAAAGAAAUAAAAAUAAUUUUAUUCUGACGUGU